AUCGACGGAGACUUCACUAAAAAUCAGUCGAGAACCCAAAGAAGGCAAAGGAGAGAGCCAGAGAGGCACACGGGUGAGCGGAGGAAGCUGUCGUCUUCUUCCUCCGAUUACUCUUUGCCGCCGACGUGCGGGGAAGCUGCGGCGGGCCAGUAAGGUGAAGUCGUCUUGGAGCGAGAAGCUCCCCCUUCUGUUCCCGCUUUUCUUUAACGAGCCGUCCCGCUUCGUUCCAGUUGCCGCACCCGUAGGUCGUUGCUCCGCAGAACCUACGCCCGCCACCUGUUCGGCCAAAUGUCUCACCGGCUCAAGACCACAAAAGCGUCGCCGUCGAGCACUGGAGACCACCUCAGCGCCCUCCCGGACUCCGUGCUGCAGCACGCGCUUGGCUUCCUUGAGGCACAGGAAGCCGUGCGGACGUGCGUGCUCGCCCGGCGCUGGCGCCACAUCUGGAGGCUCAUCCCUCGCCUGCGCAUCACCGACGUCGACGCGUUUCGGAGUGUCGAGAAGCUGAACGAGUUUGUCGACCAGCUGACUCUGCCCCGAGACCGCGGCUCCACUAUCGACGAGUGCGAGUUCGAUCUCCGUGGGUUAUUGCAACUUGAGGACGCACAUGUUGACCUCUGGAUUCGGCGUGUUUUGAAGUGCCAUACCGGGCUGCUACAAGUCCAUCUCUACGCUAAUCUACCAGCCACUCAGGGACCAUUAAUCGUCAGACUGGACAAUCGACCUCUCUUCUCCCCGCACCUGUGGCGAUUAGAGCUCAAUGGUGUCUUCUUGGAAGAUAGCUUGCUUGAUUUUUCAAGCUGCUCGGUGUUGAACGAUCUAGAGAUCACUAAUUGUGUCAUCGAUACUGAUCAUAUCUUGUCCCAAUCCUUGAAAAAACUUAGCAUCAUGGGCUGUGAGCUUUGUUGGCGACUUCACCCAACUCUCAUAUCUGCUCCAAGUCUUAUUUCACUGCAGCUAAAUGAUUAUAUUGGUGUGACUCCAGUCCUUGAAAGCAUGCCGUUACUAGAAACAGCAACUGUGAAUCUUGGCCACCAGAAUGAGCAAUACUGUGAUUUCUGUGAUAAAGGUGGCUUUGGAGAUUGUGAAUGUGGGAUGUGUUAUAUGUAUCCAGACAAUGAUUAUACACCCGAUGUCUCUGUGCAUCUUGUGGGUCUGUCCAGCGUUACAUGUUUGGAAUUGAUAGCUUCCUCUAAAAUGGUUACAUUCAAAAGGGAUCUUCAAUACUGCCCUGCAUUCAGUAAGCUAAAAUCUUUGUUACUCAGUGACUGGUGUUUAGUUGCUGACUUACAAACACUACUACACUUUCUCCAUUACGCACCAGUUCUAGAGAAACUCACUCUUCAAGUCUGUAAGAAACCCAAAUCAGAUAUGGAAUUGGAAGGCAAUGACUUUUUGGAACAAUCCCUUGUGCUGAAGUACCUUAAGAUAGUGGAAGUUAAAUGUCAAAUGAUUGACGAGCAGAUUCAUAAUCUUUUGAAGACCUUGAGCUUCAGCAGCAAAUCCCUGGAGAAAAUUAAUGUCCAAAAGCUGUAGCAAGUUUCAGUUUUGAGAGACGAGGUUAACAAGAUCAGGGCUGCUGAUGGACCAACUACUUCUUGAUCGCCGAGAAAUCUUCCACUUGGACUUGAGUUUGUAGCAGUGUUUGCCUUCUAUGUGUUUGGAUAUUACUACCUAGAUGUAGCUGGAUCGCAUAAUUAUUCCUGUGUAGUUUGCAGGAUGACUUAUGUUGUGUUAACUGAUAACCUAAGAUGUUAUCUUGGGGGGAAGCCCAAGUAAGUCUCUCUAUUCUCCUUCGACUAUUCGGGGAUAUAGCAGGACUCAUUCCUUGAGUUAAGACUGAUUUUUAGGAAGAAAUAUGGCUUUUUCAGCUGCCGCUGCCAGCUGCUCCCUUGCAUCAUAUGUGUGCACAUGAGGCCUAAGUCAGAGUGCGGCGAGGCCUCGAGCCAGAUGUAGGGAAGUUGUUUGUAAUCUGAAUUUGAAUACAUGGGACGCAUGUGUAGUCUAUAUGUUCAGUUUUGUUGGAAGGGUCUAUAUGUUAAAUCAUUGUUUGUAGA